GAGCUGUGUAUGCAGUGGCUAGACUUCAGCAAAGCAGAGAAGGCUGUGUGUGGGGCAUCUGGCAGUGCUGUGCUGGAGGUAGAUUACAGUAAGUUGACAGUACUUGGCAGUUGACAGUGGUUCUACUAGCUAACAGAAGUUGUAGGAAACAGACUAAAAACAGACUGCAUCUCUCCAAGCGAGCUCCAUAUGCAGUAGAUAGAGAAGGCCACAGGGCAGGGGUAACAGUGUAGGACAAUUCUUAGGUUGACUGGAGGUAGACUGGGACCAAUAGUGCAAGUACUGCAGCCAUGCAACACCUGUUGUACCAGCCACUGCUUCUCAAUGGAAACAAAUACCUGCAGCAGAAGUGGGACAAGGCCUCCUAUGAAAUGCAUCUGAGAAAGGUCAAAUCAGCGAAACCCACCAUCGACACAACUGCACCUAAAACCUAUAGUCACCUUGCCCUCAAAAUGAAGAAACAAAAGUUUCAGGAGCAAAGCAUGUCCAAAAUUCAGAGGGAAAACAAUAUGCUGCUUGAGAAAAUAUCUCACAUCAUGAGGACUACUGGUCGCAUCGACAACAGGAACGACUAUGAAGACAAAAGUGCCAGCCUCACUACAGCAUUAAGGACUGGCAUGAGGACUGGCUCAAGACAAUCAAGCUCAUGGAGAGCAUUGCACGAUAUCCACGAAGAGUUAGUGACUAAAAGGGACAAGGCCAGGCCAGUAAUGAAGAGCAGCAACACUGAGACUGAAGAAAAGGACAGUCUUCGUGCGGAACAGAGCUCACACAGCAGCAUCACUCACAAUGGUAAAAGGGGAGUGUGAGGAAGAACCUGAUCAACAGGAAGAGGAGGCGGGCCUGUAGGAAACACCUGAGUCAUCUGACACACCAAACAAAGGUCCUACAUCUGAAAGUCCCCCAAUACCUGAACCCCCUCACACACCUGACACACUAAGCACAUCUAACAGACCUGACUCCCCAGUCAAAGAAUAGGUGUAAGCACAAGGACAUUAAGUAAAGUAAUUUGUCUAUUUGGUAGAUUAUUUACAUUUGCAAUGUAUCCAGAUGUUCUUUGAAAAUAUAUUACUGGCUUGUAGUAUUAAAGGAAUUUAUAACUUGUCUUGGGA